CAAGUGUCAAGUGCAGAACGGAUAUCAGAAAUCACAAUGGCAACAUUUACCCAGCCUCAAUCUGUGAUUACCCAGCAAGUUACUAUUAUUAAAGGCCCUGAAUGGAGCACAGGAAUCUGUGACUGCUGUGAUGACAUGGGCGUUUGUUGCUGCGCUACCUGGUGUUUGCCGUGCUUCAUGUGCAAGACAGCCAGUGAUUUUGGCCAGUGCGUAUGUCUGCCCCUGCUCGACCCUAUGCUGACUGGCUACUUUUUUGGAUUUACACCUUUGACAAUUCCUCCCAUCUCUCUAGCCAUGCGAGCAUCCAUGAGGGAAAGAUUCGGCAUUCAGGGGACCAUCUGUGACGAUUGCUGCACAGUCUUCUGCUGCUACUCCUGCUCCUGGUGCCAAAUGGCGAGAGAACUGAAGAAACGGAAGCAACCUCUGACCAUUGUGAAUGCUCAAACCACAACAUUCAAUGUGGUCCAGCCAUCCCUGCAACCUGCCUACAAUCCCAAAUACUAACAUUUCAGUCCUGUGAAUUAUAUGAUGCACCAUACAAUGGAUGCUAUCUUAUAUUCAAUUGGUCGACUUAAGGAGUUUGCAUUGCUUUUGGUUUGUUGCUCAGCCUUGUGCAUUUAGUGUAUCCUAGCAGGCACAAUAAGGUGACUUAGGUCAGCUCUGAUGGGAUGAACCUGUAAAAAAAUUAAAUAUGUGACUGCCAUUCCUAAACAAUCUGGAUCUUCCAAGUCCUAAGUUAUGGAGAUUAUUACAAACACUGGUGGUCUCUAGCAGUGCAGUUCUGAUCAUAAUUUGUUUAGUAAGUUAUCAAUCGGCUUUAAUGUGAUGGUUUCAUCACAGGGGUUAAAAUGCCUUAAGAAUAUGAGAGAAGAUUUGUCCACCAUGAUCAAAAGAAAGAUUCAGAUUGAACAGUCACACUUUAGUAAGACAGCAGGCAAAGACAAGGAUAGGCAGCUUCUACUGACUGACAAGCCUAAGAGUUCAAAUUUCAUAGUGAGAUGAGAGCAUUCAACUUUAGUUUUCAUGUCCACUUGUGUAACUUUUCUCCCAUCCUUCCAUACAUCCACUGAUUUUUUUUAGCUCAGUUUUUUCACAUGUAGUAGGAUGCUGGCACCUUACUCAGCCCCUUCAGGUGUAGAUAAGGAACCCACCCAAGGACACAUGAACCAAAGAAAAUAAACCUCAGGAGACUGAAAAGGAAGACAAACCUGCUUAAGCCCAGACAGGUAGGAAGCAGACAACUGAUACAGCUUGGGUCCUGGUAGCAGUAGUAACAUCUGUGCCACCAUGCCAGCUCUAUCAGGAUCUACAUGAUGUAAAAUGAAAUUUAAACUGUGAAGAUUAUUAAGUAACUACUUACCUACAGUUAGGUAUACAAGGCAAAGUAACUGGUGCAGCUUGUGAUGAAGAAUCGGACUCAAGCUUGUACCUGCACACUGGCACCUUUUGUGUUUUACUUUAGUGUGACUUCCCAUCAAUAAUUCUGGAUUCUUUAAAACCCAAUCCUAUUGACAAUACAAAGACCCUACUAUGACACGCAAAAAGAAAGUUUCCAUUUAUUUAAGUUAAUAUAGGCUUAAACGUACCCAAGUACCCUGGAUUUGUGAUGCCCAUGGGCAGCAGAGGAUUUUUAAAAAUUCUUUAGAAUCUGUAAAUGUAUAUAUUUCAGUGAAAUAAAUUAUAAUGUACAUGUAAAUUAGUUGUAUACAGAUAUAUUGAUGCGUGUGUUGAUAUUAUCGUAAAUAAACUUGUGUUUAUUUAACUCUGUGAA